AGGCUGUAGGCCUCUGAGAGACACACACACACGCAAAAUACACGCACGCGCACACACACUAAUGCAGACGGAGUCCGGAAAAGCGUCAGAGCAAAGCUAGGUGUGGAAUUGUCUAACCUAAACGCGGCUAAACCUGGAUGCCCCGUCCCCGACCGCAGGAGUCCUCCCCAUGGCCCUUCCUCGCUGAUUUGCAGCUCUCUGGUCGACACCACGGCGGAGUCUUUUCGGGCUCUGAUGGUACUAGCUGAACAGUGACCGCUACCUGCCCGAGGACACCUGCUGCCCACCCGCCCUCAUCAUGUCUGGGGUGCACGUACCAUGGUCGACUGGCACAGAGUGUGUAGCCAAGUACAACUUCCAGACGGCCACCGAACAGGACCUGCCCUUCUGUAAAGGAGAUUUACUGACCAUCAUCGGAGUCACCAGGGAUCCCAACUGGUACAGAGCGAGGAACACGGUGGGCAGAGAGGGCACCAUCCCGGCCAACUAUGUCCAGAAACGGGAGGGUGUCAAGUCAGGAGGGAAGCUCAGUCUUAUGCCCUGGUUCCACGGGAAGAUCACCCGGGAGCAGGCCGAGCGGCUCCUCUACCCCCCGGAGACGGGCUUGUACCUGGUGAGGGAGAGCACCAACUACCCCGGCGACUACACGCUGUGCGUCAGCUGCGACGGCAAAGUGGAGCACUACCGCAUCAUCUACCACAACGGCAAGCUCACCAUCGACGAGGAGGAGUACUUCGAGAACCUCAUGCAGCUGGUUGAGCACUACACCAAAGACGCAGAUGGCCUUUGCACCCGGCUCAUCAAACCCAAGCUGAUGGAGGGAACGGUGGCAGCACAGGACGAGUUCUCCAGGAGCGGCUGGGCCUUGAACAGGAAGGAGCUGAAACUCCUGCACAGCAUUGGCAAAGGGGAGUUUGGAGACGUGCUGGUGGGAGACUACAGAGGGAACAAGGUGGCGGUCAAGUGCAUCAAAAAUGACGCCACGGCGCAGGCUUUCAUCGCCGAGGCCUCCGUCAUGACGCAACUGAGGCACAACAACCUGGUGCAGCUGCUCGGGGUAAUCGUGGAGGAGAGGGGCAGCCUCUACAUCGUCACCGAGUACAUGGCCAAGGGCAGCCUGGUGGACUACCUGCGCUCCCGAGGACGGACCGUGCUCGGCGGAGACUGCUUACUCAAGUUCUCGCUUGACGUGUGCGAAGCCAUGGAGUACCUGGAGGCCAACAACUUCGUGCACCGGGACUUGGCCGCCCGCAACGUGCUGGUGUCCGACGACAACAUCGCCAAGGUCAGCGACUUCGGCCUCACCAAGGAGGCGUCGUGCAUACAGGACACGGGCAAGCUGCCCGUCAAGUGGACCUCGCCCGAGGCCAUAAGAGAGAAGAGGUUUUCCACCAAGUCAGACGUCUGGAGUUACGGAAUCCUACUUUGGGAGAUCUACUCCUUCGGGCGCGUGCCUUACCCUCGAAUUCCACUGAAAGACGUGGUGCCCCGGGUGGAGAAGGGAUACAAGAUGGAGGCCCCGGACGGCUGCCCCCCCGUGGUGUACGACCUGAUGAAGCAGUGCUGGACCCUGGACUCUGUUGUGCGGCCCUCCUUCCGCAUGCUGAGGGACAAGCUGCAGCAUAUCAGAGCCAAGGAGCUCUACCUGUGAAGAGGAGGCGAGGGGAGAGGAGGGGGGAGACACACAGUGGUGCUAGGAGGAGGAGGAGGAGGAGGAAAAAGGAAAGGGACCACAGCAUCUUCCUCCUGCCUGCCCAGCCCACAGACCUGUGGGACUACCGUACUGUGCCUCCCCACCUUUGACCCUAGGCCGCCCCCUGCCUUCACACCAGGACCUUUUUUUCGGUUUGUGUUGUAAAGCUUUUGCCAGACUGUUUCCCGUCGCCUCGACGGGCCACCGCUCUUUCCUCACUCUUACCCCUCCGAAGCUCUGUCUUCUCCUCUGGUCCAAGCCCCCCCCCACACCUGCAAGAUCCCCUUGUAGUUCCUGUUAUUUUUGCUUCUCCCUCCUCCUCAUCGCAUUGAGAAGGGAGGCUGGACUUUUUCCUCCACGUGUGCUCCGCCUCCCCCCCUCUCCCUGUAUAACCCCCCUCCCCCCCCCCGGCGUGGCGUCAGGCGUGGGGCCUUCGCUCUGUGCUAAAGUGCCUCCAGACUUCCCCUCCAGCUCGUCUUUCAACUGGACUGUUGUAGUUCCAUUUUUUUUUAUUUGUAUUGCUUUUUUUAAGAGAUCUUUUUUAAUGCUUUUGUUUUUUUUUCAGGGAGGUUAUCAAGCCGUUUUAAAUAUUAGUGCCAUCUCCUGCACCUCCAUGACAGCCUCCCAGAGGGGGAUGUUUCUUUUUUGUACCAUGAAGAGCGUGAACAGGGAGGGAGAGGAAUUAUGGGGCCACUAUCAUGUUUGUCCUCUAACCACCUAAAUGGUAGUGGGGCGGGGGCAGGACGAUAACGGGAGAAGGGCGGCGAGGCAGUUCACAAACAUGGUGGAUUCAUCAUACGUGAGCUUGUUUUUAUAUCGAAAUAUAUUUAAAGGAGUCUAAGAAAAAAAAAAUGAACAAGGAAGAAACUGACUAGUGUGGAAUAAAAAAAACUAAAAUAAACAAAGGAGGACUCAGAAGCCGGGAGCGUCUCUGCUUUAGGGACCUGCAGGGUCGGGUGGUGCAUGCUGUGUGUGAGAGGCCUUGGGUUCAACUGUCAGUGCUUUCAAUGUUCAGUGUUUUAUUAUGCUAUCAUGAUAAUGAAUAAAUCAUUCCAUCUGAAACACAGCGUGGAAACACCUGCA